GGCGCCCCCUACUGCUCACUCGUGCAGUUCGCUUCGACGACGAGGAAGAAGAUGGCGGCGCUCAUCAGGCAUGGUUUUAAUUCCUUAAAAAGUUCAUCCACUUUUCUUGCCGUAAACACGAUGAAUCUACGAUAUGAUAUAACUCGUUUUAAGAGCAAGAAACGUCCCGAAGUGAGGACUAGCAGAUUUGAAGAUGAAAAGACGUCUCUCUCUUGCAAAGGAUUUUUGAGAUAUCAGAAGAAAUAUAAUCCGCCAGAAGAUGUAUGUGAUAGAAUAAAUAAAAUUUGUGAAACACAACAAAUUUCAACGGUUGAUGAAACAAAAAUCGAAGAUCCAUUACAACGUUUCAAUCUUUUUUUAGCAUGUGAAGAAGAACUUCAACAUCCAAUAACGAAUGCUGUAUUAUGUUACAUUGAAACAAUUGGUGAUUUGAAGAAUUACUAUAAGACCCCAGUCGGUAAUAUAACUCCAUUAGAUGCUAUGCGUUCAAUGGAUUUACCAAAGAAUUUACAUAUUAAUUAUGAAUAUAUUCGAUUUCAUCCUGAUACGGAUACAUUGUUCAAUGGUCAGACAGCAUUCCCGAAGAGUUCUACUCUUGUAACUGGAUUAAAGUAUAAGAAAAAAUAUCCUGGACAUUAUCAAGAUAAUCCUUUCUUAGAUAAUAUGCUUAAGGUUUAGAUUAAUUGGACUAUACAAGAAAUAAAUAAACAAUUGUUCAACAACAAUAAACAAUUAUCUAAUAUUAUUGUAACAUUUAAUAAAUAUUUUUCAAUUUAUUUUCAUAUUAUUUAAUAAUUUAUUAUAAGUAUUUGAUAAUAAAAAAUUUUCAUAUUGUUUCAUUAUUGUUUAUAAGUUUGAAUAGAUAUUUUUAAAUAUUAUUUUUUAGAUUAAUUAAUAAAAAUUAUUAUAUAAUUGUAUUAUUAGAAAAAUUAUAAUAAAAAAAAAAAUUAAAAUAUACUGAGAA